AAAUUCUCCCUAAAUAGAAACGAAUUUCCCGUAGAAAAAUGAAAAUUUCUUGCUUUAAAGCCUCUUUAUAAAAAGGAAAGCUGAGGAAAGAAUUUUCCUUUUAUAAUUUUCUCUUAGGGGUUUGGUUUUUUUUAUUUUUUAUUUUUCCUAGGAUCCAAACAGAAGAUAAGGAAAAAAGGUGGUGGGUUUUUGCAGAGAAAAAAAAAACUUGAAAUUAUCAUCUUCAUCGUCGUCGUUUGUUCCUCAGGUGGAAUUUUCUCGGGAAACAAGCAGAAAAUUGCUGUAAAGAAAAGGAAAAAGAACAGAAGAGAAGAACAAAAAAAGAAAACAUGAUGAUGAUGUCAUCAGCUUCAUCAUCAGCAGCGACAGUAGCUGUAGAUAAGGCAACGAGCGAUCUUCUAAUGGGUCCUGAUUGGACUAUGAAUAUCGAUAUUUGCGAUUCUGUUAAUUCUAAUCAUUGGCCAGCAAAGGAUGUUGUAAAAGCUGUGAAGAGAAGGUUGCAGCACAAGAGUUCUAAAGUUCAAUUACUAGCUUUGACGCUUUUGGAAACAAUGGUGAAGAAUUGUGGUGAUUAUGUUCAUUUUCAGAUUGCUGAGAGGAAUAUAUUGGGGGAGAUGGUUAAAAUUGUGAAGAAGAAGGCGGAUAUGCUAGUGAGGGAUAAAAUUUUGGCUUUGUUGGACUCUUGGCAAGAGGCAUUUGGCGGUCCAGGGGGUAAACAUCCACAGUACUACUGGGCAUAUGAUGAGCUAAGGCGUUCGGGAGUAGAAUUUCCCAAGCGUUCAUCAAAUACAGCUCCUAUCUUUACACCACCAGCUACACAUCCAACCUUGAAUCCCGGUUAUGGAAUGCCAAGCAAUUCUUCUAGAAGGCUUGAUGAAACAAUGGCUACCGAGAUCGAAAGUUUAAGUUUGUCUAGCUUAGACUCAAUGAAGGAUGUUAUGGAGCUCUUAAGUGACAUGCUACAAGCUGUAAACCCGAGUCAUAGUGCGGCAGUGAAAGAUGAAGUGAUAGUUGAUCUCGUUAAUCGAUGUCGUUCCAACCAAAAAAAGCUGAUGCAGAUGCUUACAACUACCGGGGAUGAGGAACUUUUAGCUCGAGGUCUUGAACUAAAUGAUGGUCUGCAAAGCUUACUUGCGAAACACGAUGCUAUAGCUUUAGGUUCCCCCUUGCCAGUUGAAGCUACUGCUGUAAGCCCGAUGCAUAAUGAAGCAAGUUCCUCCAACAAAUCAAGUGAAGCGAAGAGCCCAGCACCUAAUAUAAGUCCACCCACACCGGUUGCCACUGUGACAAAAAGCCAUAUCGAUGAAGAGGAAGAAGAGGAAGACGACUUCGCACAGCUAGCUAGAAGGCAUUCCAGAGCACAGUUCACAUCUCCUCAGAACGCUUCUCCUGGAACAAGUGAAGCUACUGCGCCAGUCAGUAAUGCCAAUGUGACGACAUCGUAUACACCAACCGCCUCAACCUCUAUUCCGAGCAAUGCUUUAGCUUUGCCUGAUCCACCUGCACCAGUUAAAACUUCGAAAGAACAGGACUUGAUUGAUCUUUUAAGCCUUACCUUGUCCACAACAACGGCUUCCUCUCCGCAUGCCCCUCCCACACCACCAUCUGCAUCUCAACAUCAGGUACCUGUUCCUCCUAGCAGCCAAGGAUAUCCUUAUGCUUCCCAAACAUACCCUGCAAGUCAGGCGCAGCUGCCGUAUAAUAGUUAUGUGGUUCCUUGGGCUCAACCUCAAAAACCGUCUCAGCCCCAAGUCCAGCUACAACCAACCCAGUUCCAAACUGAGCCACAAGCUCAAAAUCAGUCGAAUUCACCAUCUCAGGCUCAACAUCAGUUCCAAGCACGAUCCCAGCCUCAUCAGUUAAAUACACAGUCUCAAAUCCGACUCCAACCCCAAUCACCAUCCCAGUCCCAGUCACCGCACCAGUCAUUCGGACAACCUCAAUACCAACCAUAUUUCCGGCCUCAAUACACAUCCGCAUAUCCCCCUCCACCAUGGGCUGCAACUCCCGGUUAUUUCAACAGCCAAAACCACCGCUCUUCUACAAAUAACAUGAUCUCCACUCCCCAAGUGAACACCACUGCAUCAAAUUCCAUUACAGGGCCCAGACCCUUGCAGCAUAAUAGCUCAUUCCCCAUAAGAGGAACCAACGGCGGAGCACCAAUGAACGGAGGUGAUUCUUGGACGAGUACCGGUCCCAGGAACCCUGCUCCCACAUCAGGACAAAAGCCUUUUAUCCCGUCAUACCUAUUGUUCGAAGAUCUGAACGUGCUCGGAAAUGGUGACGGAAGGCGUAGUAGUACAUCACCAAACUUGUCGGGUAGUAAUACACAAAGUAUGGUUGGUGGAAGGAAGUAAGAAAAGAGUGUUGUAGUUUUAAGGUUUAUGCAAAAGGAUAUAUAUGUCCAUUGUGAAUCUUUGGUGUAAAUCAAAGUAUCUAAGACAUGGAUUUGUUUUUCUUUUUAGAUUGAUUUGCUGUGGAAUUUGUCUUUUUAGAUUUGAUUUGUGAUUCAAUAUUAUUGUUGUUAUAUUAGUAUAUA